AUGGCCGAGUUGUGGCGGAAGUCAGGCCGUGCUUUGGGCCUCCGCGUCCCAAGUGAUCUCGACUUGGAGGCGCUGGGACCUCCACAAACCGAGUCGGUGGUCCGAGCUUUUGAGCUGUGCAGAGAGUUCUCGGGAGAGUCCUUGUUCAACCACUGCAUGCGCGCCUACUACUUUGCUGCGGCUGUGCGGUGGUUUGGCGAAGGCUCGUUGGAUGGCCUUGACUUGGAGCAGAUGGCCGUGGCCUUCGCUUUCCACGACUUUGGCUUGACAAGGACCAGCCAAGCAGAAAGUGAGGAGUCGAUGUACCCCUUUGAGGUUCGUGGGGCUCGAAGGUGCUUGCGCUUUGCCUUGAAAGAGACACAGAUGACCCAGCAGCAAAUCAAGGUGAUGUAUGAGGCCAUCCGCCUGCACACGGCGCUCGGUUUUGAAAAGCCCACGGAGCUGGCUGGCCUAAUUACCGUGGGUACGUGCUGUGAUGUGGUGGGCUACCGCUGCGAAGACCUCUCUAAGAAGACGAAGGCCGACAUCCUCACGGCAUAUCCGCGGCUGAAGUGGAAGGACGUAGUGAUCAAAGCCUUUGCUGACGAUGCCAAGAUGCCUCACCCAUCGCCCGUGAUGAGGCGGUACCAGCGAGAGUACUUCUUUAACCUGCUGGUACGAAUG